AUGACUAAGAAGACCAUUAAAAAAUCAAUCCUGAAAAAGGCAGCCAUGAGAAAGGCACUGAUGAGAAAGACAGCGAUGAAAAAGAAGACCAUGAAGAAGAUGUCCACGAAAAAGACAGCCAAAGAGAAUGCAACCAUCGAUAAUACAAUCAUGGCUAUGGAUAACAUGGAAAUAGAUACCCCUACUUCAAGCUGGCUCACAGCAAGUCAAACUCAGGCCUUUAAGGCUCUCGAACGCUCAACCGAGGACGAUAGCUUUUUUGCAUUUGAGUUUCUUCCUCUCGAGGUUCAGGUGAUGAUUUUGAAGUACGCAUUACCUCAAAAGCGUCUCAUUCGCAUGGGAUUUAGAACCGUGUUCAACAAUUUCAACAUGAUCUUGAACUUUCAGAUGCUACCUGAUAUGCAUCUCACACCAUUGCUCAAUACCUCCUGGCUCUUCAAUAACGAGGUGAACAAGGAAUUCAAGAAAGUGGAGCUUCGGAAGUAUUCCAGAGGUGUAAAGUCAAAGCUUUACAAGGCAUUGCACGACGAAAAUUACUCUCCUCCCGACUAUUUCUGGGAUCGCUGUAGACGCAAUAUCUUUCAUGAGAGAGGAUCCGGAUACCGCUCUUUAAGCCAUGUUUAUAUCCGACCCGAGACUGACACAUUAAUCAUUGAUUAUCGCCAGCUUUUCAUCCUCUACUUCGUCGGUGGAUCCAUUGACUUGUCAAAUGUUAAGCAUAUCGCCCUCGCUAAUGUAAGACCAUUCCAAUGGGACUGGCCAUACCAUCGUCUCCAAGAAGAUGAUGUUGAUCGCUUAAUACACGGUUUGAUCAGUGUCGAAUGUCCCAAUCUCGAAAAAUUGACAUACAUCAUUUCAAACGACGACCCGAUGACCGAGAUGCACCUCGAUACAGAAGAAGUGAUUUUUGACGUCAAUGAUGAAUUAUACUACCAGGAUUUCGAGUUUGAAGAUGGAACAUUGCACAAUGAGCGCCCCCAUAGCUUGAUGCAAGCAAAGGCAGAAGUGGAUGAUUGCUUUCAAGGUUUUCUUGGACAGCUUGGCUCUGGAUUUAGACUCAAGGACGAUUUUAUGAAUUUCUGGAAGGUGCACGUACCGGGUGUAGGCAUGAUUGCGCGAUUCGAUGCGGAUGCAGAUUGGCGUUUACGGAAGAAGCGUUGCCCAGAGCCUAGGUAUUAUUUUGUGGGAUUCGAUACUUAUUUGCCCGCUCAUGCUGAUGGCACGAUUCUGGGUCCGUAUAAGGGAUUGGCGCAAAUCUUUGAGGGCGCACCAUGGUGA